AUGUCUCCUCCCGUAGCCACCGAGUCCAUGUACAAGCCUACCACCAUUGGCACCCAAGCUCACGACCAAGCUUUGGCUGCCAUGAAGUCUAACCAGGCUGUCCCCGCCAAGCCAGUCUUCAAGCCCGAACCAGCCGUGAACUUGGAGACCAUCAAGUUCGCUCCUAUCAAGGAGCACCAAGUUCAACGCGCCAUGGUCCGCCGCUACUUCCAAGACAUGGAGGAGCGUGCUAUCUCUGACGUGAUCAUCGUCGGAGCCGGUUCGGCGGGAUUGUCGUGCGCCUAUGCGCUCGGCAAAGCGCGCCCCGAUCUCAAGAUCACCAUUCUCGAGAGCAACGUCGCUCCGGGUGGUGGCUGUUGGUUGGGUGGCCAAUUGAUGAGCGCCAUGGUGUGUCGAAAACCCGCCGAUAAGUUCUUGGAUGAAGUUGGCGUACCUUACGAGGAUGAAGGAAACUUUGUCGUCGUCAAGCACGCUGCUUUGUUCACAUCUACCGUCUUAUCGAAAGUCUUGGCGAUGCCCAAUGUCAAGAUGUUCAAUGCCACCGCAUGCGAGGACUUGAUCAUCAAGCCUUGUCCAAUCAACCCGGGCGUUCAACGAGUCGCUGGUUGUGUCACUAACUGGACCUUGGUCUCCCUUAACCAUGACCACCAAUCAUGCAUGGACCCCUCGACCAUCACAGCUCCACUCGUCUGUUCUUUUGCCGGUCACGACGGCCCGUUUGGCGCGUUCUGCGUUAAGCGUAUCGCCUCUGCUGGGUUGAGCGAAGGACUCGGAGACAUGCGUCCUCUUGACAUGGAACGCGCUGAGGACCACAUCGCCAACAAGACUCGUGAAAUCGUCCCCGGAUUGAUCGUCGGUGGAAUGGAAUUGAGCGAGUUUGACGGAAGUGCUCGAAUGGGACCUACCUUCGGUGCCAUGUUACUCUCUGGUAAGCGAGCCGCCGAAGUAGCCCUUCAAUCCCUUGGACGCGUCAAAGUUGAAGAAGGCGAAGUUGUUGCCUCGGCCAAGUGA